AUGGCCACAACUGAAAGCUACACAGAUUAUUGGACCUCAGAGAUCUAUGACGAUGACUACGAAAGUGACGGGUGCAACCAAACAAAUGCCAUUAAAUUUGGAGCGACAUUUACUCCCUUGUUUUUCUCCACUGUGAUGAUCUUCAGCCUGUUUGGAAACAUCCUAGUUCUCGUCAUUCUCUUCAAGUAUGAGAAUCUGAAAUCCCUCACCAACACUUUCAUCCUGAACCUGGCUGUAUCUGAUCUCUUCUUCACCUCAGGUUUGCCCUUUUGGGCCUACUACCACCAUGUCUCUGAAUGGAAGUUUGGAGAGCCUCUGUGUGUAAUAGUUAACUUUAUUUUCUAUGUUGGCUUCUACAGCAGUGGGUUCCUCCUCAUCCUCAUGACUAUUCAUCGCUAUGUAGCUGUGAUGAGUCCUCUCUCUGACAUAGUGUCCGCCUCAGGUCUAUCCAGCAUCAUAGCUACUGUGUUCAUUUGGGUUGCUAGCAUCCUGGCAGGCAGUCCAGUCUUCUUCUUUAUUAAAGUAAAGAAAUCAGAGACAUCAGAUCAUUGUGUGUUUGACAGCUCCAUUGGAAAUUUGUGGGGAACCUACCAGCAAAACAUCCUUUUCGUCAUGACCUCAGCGGUUUUUGGUUUUUGCUACUUUCAGAUCCUGUGCAGAUUGCUGCUACCUCCGGCCCAAAGGAGAAGAAACAAAACUGUCAAACUCAUUUUCACUCUCAUGAUUGUUUUCUUUGUAGGGUGGGGACCGUACAACUUAGUGAUAUUUCUCAAGUCAUUGCCUUUGGAGUCCCAACACACUUUGAAUUCAUCAUUGAUGUCAGAACUCUGCAAAACUAAAACCGAUUUGAAUUAUGCCUUCUACAUCAGCCGACUCCUCGCCUUCUCCCACUGCUGCCUCAACCCGGUGUUUUACGUGUUUAUGGGUGUAAAAUUCAAAACGCAUUUGAAGAAAAUGCUGAGGAGCUGUGGUCACAACAACAGCAGCAACAUCCGCAGCAGACAAAGCCGACUCACAAUUACAUCUCAAAUGAGCGGGGAGGAGUUUUCCAUGUAG